CUCCGCUCGGGUCAUGUGACGGGCGCGCGCCGGCCGGUCGGUCCCUCCCAGCAGCUGCCGGGUCACCUGACACACUGCGCGCACCCGCCACUUCCGGCGACCACCGGGGGCACGGCUAUAGGAGUAACGGACCCCUCCCCGCCCGUCAUGGCCGACACCGUGGUUGACACCCGCCGCCUCAUGAGCAAACCGCAAAACCUCAACGAUGCCUACGGGCCGCCUAGCAACUUCCUGGAGAUCGACGUGUCCAACCCGCAGACGGUCGGAGUGGGCCGGACCCGAUACACCACGUACGAGAUCCGGCUGAAGACCAAUCUACCCAUUUUUAAACUAAAAGAGUCUUGUGUCAGAAGAAGAUACAGUGACUUUGAGUGGCUAAGAAGCGAGCUUGAACGGGAAAGCAAGGUUGUGGUCCCCCCUUUACCUGGGAAAGCUAUUUUCCGUCAGCUUCCUUUCAGAGGAGAUGAAGGAAUCUUUGAUGACUCGUUCAUUGAGGAAAGGAAGCAAGGACUUGAACAAUUUAUAAACAAAGUUGCUGGGCACCCAUUGGCGCAGAAUGAACGAUGCCUGCACAUGUUUUUACAAGAUGAGAUAAUAGAUAAAAGCUACACGCCGUCCAAAAUAAGACAUGCUUAGAGCAAAGAAUAAAGUGAAUAACAAUGACUGUAAAACAUUUGUUUUUUUACAUUUGAACAUAUCCUCAGCAUAUUACAAUCUGCUGUAAUAAAUGUAACCUACUAACCUCCA